GGGGUGUUUUCUUUUCUUGCUUGCUUUUUCUUUCUUUUCUUUUUUUUUUUAAUUCCUGUUUUGCUCAGUCCGGGGAGUUUCGCCCCCCUGCCCGGCUCCGCGGCGCGGAGGAUGGUGUGGAAAUGGCUAGGCGCGUUGGUAGUGUUCCCUCUGCAGAUGAUCUAUCUGGUGGCCAAAGCAGCCGUCGGACUGGUGCUGCCCGCCAAGCUGCGGGACCUGUCGCGGGAGAACGUCCUCAUCACCGGAGGCGGGAGAGGCAUCGGGCGCCAGCUCGCUCGCGAGUUCGCAGAACGCGGCGCCAGAAAGAUUGUUCUCUGGGGCCGGACUGAGAAAUGCCUGAAGGAGACGACGGAGGAGAUCCGGCAGAUGGGCACCGAGUGCCACUAUUUCAUCUGUGACGUGGGCAACCGGGAGGAGGUGUACCAGACGGCCAAAGCUGUCCGGGAGAAGGUGGGCGACAUCACCAUCCUGGUAAACAAUGCUGCCGUGGUGCACGGGAAGAGCCUCAUGGACAGUGACGAUGACGCCCUUCUCAAGUCCCAGCACAUCAACACCCUGGGCCAGUUCUGGACCACGAAGGCCUUCUUGCCGCGGAUGCUGGAGCUGCAGAACGGCCACAUCGUGUGUCUCAACUCCGUGCUGGCGCUCUCCGCCAUCCCCGGGGCCAUUGACUACUGCACGUCCAAAGCCUCGGCCUUCGCCUUCAUGGAGAGCCUGACCCUGGGGCUGCUGGACUGUCCAGGGGUCAGUGCCACCACCGUGCUGCCCUUCCACACCAGCACCGAGAUGUUCCAGGGCAUGAGGGUGAGGUUCCCCAACCUCUUCCCGCCGCUGAAGCCUGAGACGGUGGCCCGGAGGACGGUGGAAGCCGUGCAGCUGAAUCAGGCCCUCCUCCUCCUUCCGUGGACCAUGCACGCCCUCAUCAUCUUGAAAAGCAUACUCCCACAGGCUGCACUGGAGGAGAUCUACAAAUUCUCAGGAACCUACACCUGCAUGAACACUUUCAAAGGGCGGACAUAAAGACCAGACGCAGAGACAUGCUUGCAAGCCACGGAACCUGAGGGGGCCACGGUACUGGGCACACACCCACAAGCCUGUCCCUUGGCGCACUUCUGCUGGGUGAGCAGGACUGCUCCGGGCCCCAGGAAGAAUCCCGGUGCCCUCCCCCUGGCCAGCCCCAGGACCUUUGCACAGGACUGAUGGGCGUAACUCUGACCCCCAUGGGGAGGCGAGAAACCAGCCAGUAGCUACCUUGACACUUUCAUACAUUUCUAAUUCUGUAGAAUUUAUUAUUAAAUUGCUUCUAACCAGCCUUAGCAGUGUGCAUAGACUGUUUCCAGGAGGGUCUGUACCCAGAUACUCUCUUUCUUCUGAAAUCCACCCAUCCUCAGCUUGUGCAAAUGGCACAUUUGAAUGGCAGGAAUGAAAAAUAAAGAGAUGGUUUUUUGA